AUGGAGUUUUCCAAGUUGCUCGACUUGGAAAAUUACCCUUUUCAGUAUUCUUACCCUUGCGAUCCAAAACACUCGCCACCCGACAGAUUCUUUAGCCAGCUUCCCUUCCGCACCUCAAGGUUAAGAGAUGACUUUGUGGAACUUUCUGCAAGCUACGAUGGCGAUCUGGAAGGACAUGAUAUUUCAGGGAGGGGUCAUUACAUGCAUUGGUUGAUGCCUGAGUGCCCGCCGAGCUUGGCUGAUGCUGUAUUGAAAAUAUGUGAUGCGAGUAUCUUGUGGAAUGACCGAACGGGAAUGGUUUCCGGACUUUCCGAUCAGCAUACAGCGGAUAUACAGCUCGCCCUUAUCUCCCUCUUCAAACUAGGAAAGCCUGUUGUCGUUCCUGGAUUGGAAGAUAUGGAGGCUGGAUUACAACAUUUUGCUUCCCUUGACAAGUCAUACCUCGAGGACGUUUCCAGUCGCAUUCACGAAUUUACUAAGGCUCGAAGUUUGCCUAUUGAUAACCUCACACUUGACGCUUACAUAGAACAACGGAGCAUUGGUUUUGGGUUGAGGUUCGCUUGUUACCUUCGCAUUUCAUGA